CGCGGGCUGCGGUUCCAGCUUUAGCUCAGCGCUCGCGGGUCCGCGGGGAGGGGCGGCCUGCCACGGGCCCACCCCGGGGCGUUCCUGGAGCGCGCGCUCGGCCGCCCCCACCUCCCCCAAAUGUACUAUGCGGUUUCCCAGGCGCGCGUGAACGCGGCCCCCACGACCAUGCUGCGGCCGCAGCGGCCCGGAGACGCGCAGCCCGGGACCUCCUUGUACGAGCUGGUGGGCUACCGGCAGCCGCCCUCCUCUUCCUCUUCUUCCUCCUCCUCCACGACGGCCCCCCUCCUCCCCAAGGCUGCCCGCGAGAAGCCGGAGGCGCCGGCCGAGCCGCCAGGCACGGGUUUGGGAUCCGGCGCUCCCGCGGGCGCCCGGGCGGACGCCAAGGAGGAGCAGCAGCAGCAACUAAGGCGCAAGAUCAACAGCCGCGAGCGGAAGCGCAUGCAGGACCUGAACCUGGCCAUGGACGCGCUGCGCGAGGUCAUCCUGCCCUACUCGGCGGCGCACUGCCAGGGCGCGCCGGGCCGCAAGCUGUCCAAGAUCGCCACGCUGCUGCUGGCCCGCAACUACAUCCUGCUGCUGGGUAGCUCGCUGCAGGAGCUGCGCCGCGCGCUGGGCGAGGGCGCCGGGCCCGCCGCGCCACGCCUGCUGCUGGCCGGCCUGCCCUUGCUGGCCGCCGCGCCCGGCUCUGUGCUGCUGGCGCCGGGCGCCGUGGGACCGCCGGACGCACUGCGCCCCGCCAAGUACCUGUCGCUGGCGCUGGACGAGCCGCCGUGCGGCCAGUUCGCGCUCCCCGCCGGCGGCGCGGGAGGCCCCGGCAUAUGCACCUGCGCAGUGUGCAAGUUCCCGCACCUCGUCCCCGCCGGCCUGAGCCUGGCGGCGGUGCAGGCUCAGUUCUCCAAGUGAGGGCCGGUCCCGGGCGCGACCUCGGCCGGGGCUCCUGCCGCCCACUUUCUCUGCGCCCUGAGUCCGGGGAACCUGGGGCCGACCAGGGAGAGAGCUUCGAACCUUUUCGUCUAGAGGAAGGGACUGUCGGGCGCCCCUUCCCCAUCCGCACCUCUCUGCAAGUUCAAGUGAGCCGAACGGACUUUUGGGGUUGGGGUUCUGGAUCGAUUCCAGCUGCUUUGGGCAGGCAGUGAGCGCGCCCCGCGGGCGCCCGGCGCGUCUCUCCCGGGCGCUGCAGGCGCGCGCUCCCGGGACUGGUGCGGAUUUCAGGGCUCUGCGUUGCCCUGGGCUUGCCCCGGGGGUGCAGCGGCGGCCAGCCCCGUGCUUGACCUCGCGGGAUCGGAGCGCCUGGUCUAAGGCGGUCGGAGGCGGCUGAGGGGCUUUUCCUGCUCCCGGCCCAGAGGCCACAGGUGCCCUCGUUCUCACCAACCGAGCACAGCCAUCGGUGGGCGCCGACGCCCCCGGGUGCCGCGGCCGGACCGACAGUCCGCCUCCUGGGGGCCUUGCGCAGCGGUGCGGCGGGUGGGGCGCGCGCGGCGGGACGUGGGCGCGCGCGGGCAUCGGCGGUGAGCCCAGCUGUCUCGGUAGAAGCGGGUGUGUGGCUGCGGGGAGGCUUCGCCCCGAAACCCUGGGCUCUUAGAACUGGAGAUCGGCCUGUCGUCUCCCCUUCCCCAGCGGUAGCAUAACCCACAUUGGAACGUGAUUGAAAACAAAAACUAAGCGCCUUUCACGCCCGCAGCGUCCCCGACUUAAUCACAUGGGUAACGAGGUCUGUCGCAGUGGCUGUCUGGUCGAGAUCGCUGAUGGACUUUCUCAAAGAGGCGGAGGGCAGCCCGGAGCCCCGGGGCCCAGCUGCGGUGCGGUGGAGACGCGGGACCGCGCUGCGCCGUGGCGCACCCGUGUCCCCGAGGCACCGCAGGCACGACCCGGCGUGAUUCGUUACAGGCGUCAGCAAAUUGUUCACCCCCCCAAAAAAAUUAUUUUAUGAUCUCUGUGAGCAGCUGGCUUUGACUUUCGUGUUUCGGGUUUUUUGUUGUUUGUUGUCGUUAGCCGAAUGUAGCAUUUUCUUUUCCCUUUAAUCUGGUUUCCUUGCACUGUACAUAAUCCAAAUAAAACUGUAAAGUCUGA